UUUACAACCAUUUUGUCACGUUUUGAUAUGCAAAAAUUUGCACAAACUGAAGACGAUUCGUUGCACCGAAAAGAACGACAGUGUACGGAUGUAGCUUUUUUAGUUGUACAAUUUUGUUUCGUUACAGGAAUGUUUGGCCUAGUGCUAGCAUGCCUUCCUAGCACGGACAUCUUUCGCACAAUCUACGGCUACGACGACUGUGGCAACAUUUGCGGCCGAAGCAACAUCCGUGCAAUUGACCUGCCAUGUUCGGGCGAAGACAUGCGAUACAAGCCGUACCUUCUCCUCACCGUCACGGCCAGUUCCCUGGAACCGCUGCGAAGUUGUGUCGAGGAUUGUAACACUAGUGAGGGAUACGAACUUAUCUUCAACCGCUGCGUUCGAUUCCAGUUGAGGGGUCUCGGCCAGGAGCCACCACCCCAGGGUUACUUGGACGAACUGUGGCAAGACGUGGGCAAUUUCUGGUUGGAACUGUUCAUCCUCUGCGUGAUGGCACUGUUGGGAUCGUUUGGAAUGUUGGUUCUACUGUGGUGUGCCACUCGCGUUGUAAUACUUGCUAUGGUGGCUUCCAUUGUCGGAGUUUGCUUCUGUGGAACCGUUUGGCUGUGGUACACGUGGUACCACGCUGACGGAAGGAGCUCUAGCUCGCUACUAUGGUAUGCCAUUGGAUCUACGAUCGCCACGCUUAUCGUGCUUCCGUUGAUCACGCUUGUUUGGAAGAAGAUAACGAUGGUCGUACAACUGAUGAACGAAGCUGGGGAAGCCAUCCGGAGUAUGCUGCUCAUGUUGUGCAUCCCGAUUGCGACCAUCACAACCUUACUGGUGACGUUCUCUCUGGCUGCAUUCUUUAUCCUGAUCAUCGAAAGCUCCGGUCAGGCCACCUUAGAAAACGGUUCAGUCACCUACCAAAAAUCAAACUUAGUUCUAAUCACCCGCUGGUACCACCUGAUAACGCUGGCUUGGUUCCUGCAGUUCGUGUACGGCUGCCAGCACCUCGUUACGGCCUGCGCAACCACGCAGUGGUUCUUCACCCGGAACAAAUCCACCCUCAAAUCCCCCGUCCCCCGAAGCUGGUUCGUCCUUAUCCGCUACCAUCUCGGUACGGUGGCACUCGGUUCGCUCCUGAUGUCCUUCAUCCAGCUGCUGCAGUGGCUGCAAAGAAUUCUCCUCUACACCAGCGGCAAGUCCCAGAAGUUGCAACGCCUCGGAAACGCGUGCCUGUGUUGUGUCGGGUGCUGUCGAGGGCUGCUGGAUCCGGUGUGCCGUAAUGCGUACAGUUUAACCGCCAUGCGUGGGUUGCCGCUUUGCGUGGCUGGGGCGGAGGCUGUGCGGCUUAUGCGCGUGAACGCUGCCAAUGUGGUUGGGGUGAUGCCGACCGAAAGUGUGGUUCUGCUGCUGGCGAAGGUUUUUGUGGUGGCGCUGGUUGGGUACACGGGGCUGGAGUUGGCGAACAGGAGGGCGGAGCUGUACCAUCCGUACGUGAUGGCCGGUGCGGCGUGUGCGCUUUGCUUCCUGAUUGCGGAUUGUUUUCUGCUGUUGUAUGAGGUGACGACCGACACGAUAUUCCUGUGCAUCUGCAAGGACUCCGAGGUGAACGAUGGCACCAGCAGCCGACCGUACUACAUGUCCGCCCGGCUGGAGAGCUUCGUCCAGCGGGGACAGACAGCGAAAAUGGAUUCCGAGCAACCAAGCGGCUCGACCGCUCGAUGAGGGAAGUUUCGAAGAGUUUUGAAAAAGGAAAAAGCCCAUUCAAUUUGAUUAUUUUUAACAGGUUAAUAAUUUAUCUCUCUUUUGAAUAAGUGUUGGUUUUUUGUUCUUACUUUUCGUGGCUUUUUUUGUUUUGUUUUUCACUUUUGCCACUGUUUGUCUUAACCAUUUUGUAACACAAGUUGCUUUUGUUUUGCAUUGAUGCUUUGCACACUUUUUGUUUCCUCAGUUUUGUUUCCAAUUCGAGUUUACCUUCUUGUUCUGUUUUUGCGAGCGCGUGAUUUAAAGAAGGUGGUUUCGUUUUAAUUCGCCUGUGCUGUUUUGCUUUGCUCGCUUGUUUGCUUGUAUUUUACCUAAACAUUAUUCGACAUUUUCUAUGGCGAAUGUGAUCAUUACUGUGUGUGUUUUGUUGCUGUGAGAGUGUUUGUUUGUGUUAGACACGCGUGCGUGCUGCGGCGCUACUGUCUAUUGAUACUGAGAUUUGUUUCUUUGCUAGUUUGCUGGUUUUGGCCAAAACGCGUGAGCGUGUGUCUGUGUUUCUGUUUGUUAGUGUGUGUGUGUGUGAGUGUGGUUGCAUAACAAUCAACGACAUUGGAACGUUCGUGCUUGUGUUCAAGAUAGAUCCUCCUUGUUGUGUGUGUUUGUGUGAUUGUUUUGUUGGUGGUAUUGGCUGUUCUAUCUGCUUCAGUUUGCUUUCCUCAUUUUUCCUCGUGUAUUUGUUUAGUGUUAGCCUAAUCACUACCCAAUUAAAACAUCAAUCAUCGUACUCUAGAGCUAUUUUUUAUGUAUAUCUCUGUUCCUUCUUUUUUUUUGUUUCCACAUUCAGUUCAUGGUUUCGCAGUGGCGCAUGAGCUUGCUUCAAGUGUCUCCAGAGUUCCAGCUGUGUAAAUUUGCGGUGUUUUUUGUUUGUUUGUUUAGUUGCUGUAAGUAGCUUUGUAGAAUAGAAUAGGACAGAGUCGGAUAUCAGUUUUAGAUAGAUAGUGCUGUGUUGAGUAGAGAGCGAGUAAGAGAUUUUUAUUUGUAACUUUUUGCUGUGUGUAGUUUUUAAUGUUGUUUGGUUGGUUUCCUUCUAGCUUUUCUGCGCGCACAACUGUGUACCGUUUAACCUGCGUGUGUUGAUUUGCGCAAAAAAAUAGGAAGUCGUCGCCCGGAAAACGUACGUACGUGCUUGCUAAGCUGGUCCGGUAGAAGCGUUCGUUUUUUUUUGUUUUGUUGGUUCAAAUCUCGUUUAAACAGGUUCUGUGUUACACAUAAGUAGUGCUGUGCUGUGCUGUGUGUGUGUGUUCGUUUCCGUCUAAAAGUAGUACAAUUUCACUAGCUUGUUUGGUUUUUUUGUUGUUGUUGUUUUAAUUCUAAGUUUGUUUUAAUUUUCUACCGUGACAAAUUCUUAUCAAUGUGUGUAAAUUCAUCUUAAAAAGUAAAAUGCGCGAAAUAUAAAGUCAAACAUUGAACUAAUGAUUUCUGCUUUAUUUUCCUCACUGUCGAUAUAUAAAUAUAUUACUUUUUUCUGCACAAGUCCAGCUUGCAUUCUUUCAGUUUUUUUAUUUAGUUUAUUCAUCUUCAUACCACUUACUCGGUUACAUUUAUUUUCUGAUUACUGCUAAGGGUCAAUCUUUUUCAUCGUGAAUCCGUCUUCCACCGAGAGAAUACACGAACUUUUUUUUUCAAACGUUCAGUCGUCAUACACACACGCACAUACACGCAAGGAGCCAAGAUGUUUGCUGACCAUUAUUUUUGUUGUUUUCUGUUAAAUUGCUUUGAAAAUUAGGUACGAUGUGCAUUUGUGAAUAUGAGCAAUUCUGUGAGACUUUGAACAGUGAAAUUUGUUUUAUUUUUUGUUAUGCUGAAACUUGGGAUUGGUAUUUUUCCCUCUAUGACCAAAGCAGCAAAUUUCAUCGUUAGUUCGUCCAGUUUUUAUAUAAAAUGUCAACAGCUGUCCAUAGAAAAAAGGAAAUUUAAAAAAACAUGUAUCUUGAGAACGAGUUUUCUAGACAUUCUCAUUUCUCUGUCAAAUUUGUAUUUUAAAUUUAAGAAUCUCCCCAAAAACCAUUGUUAGGCCAAUUUUGAUGAUUUUUCAAAAAGCAUUUGGAAGGAAAGUUCAUAGAUUUUUUUGAAAAUCUUGGGUUUUUAUGAUUUAACAUUUUUCAUGUGUAGGGUUUUAAAGCCCUUUGUAAAUCGACGGUAACAUUUCAAUAGGCAUCAUGUACAUUUUGACACUUUCUGGGUUAUUGCAUAUUCUGAAAGUACUCCUAAUAAGCUACCUCUCCACCAAAAAUGAGCAAAAGUUACUUCAGUAAAGUCUGUUUAAUAAUGAUUUUAAAUAAAGUAACAUAAACAAAAUCUCUGCCAUCAGAAGUCCCUGUUUAUAUAGCCCUGUCAACCUGUCAAAUAAAAGACUACAUGAACGAAAAAAAAGCAUCAUGAACAAAGCGCCAUGUACCUACAUUCGGCGAAGAAAAACGAAUCAUAACAAAGCGUCCCGCUUAAUGACAGCAGGGUGAUAUAGACGUUAGUGAUUUCAAAAGGAGUUAUGUUUGUUUUUCUUAAAUAAAACGACGGAAAUAAUGUUUUAUUGAAUUUGGAUGAUCAAGUAUCAGUAAAAGCAACGUUUUUCAUCGUUUGUUAUUAUUAGAACAUCUUAUUUUGCUUUUAUAUUAAAAUGGGAAUUGAAAAUGGAUGCUCCACAUUCAAAUGCGUUUUUCUCAAAACGCAUGGUUUGUACAUGAUGCUUUUUGAAAUGUUGGCGUCGAAAUGUACAACGGUAAAAAAAAAAGAUUAAAAACCCAUAUCUGAUCACAUUUUUUUCAUUUCAAAGCCAAAAAAAUAAAUUGACUAGACAAUUUUUUUUCGAUUGAUCAACUAUGGUCUCCUUGGAACGAGAUGUCAAGUGAGACAUUUUCUGUCAAGAAGCGCCGCGAAGUUAAUUUUUAAAAAUUGGGUUAAAAAUCGAUUUUAAAUCCUUUGCGGUCGAACAAAGGGUCAUUGUACUCAAAAAAAAAAUCUUUCUCGUUGUGAAUAAUAGUAUCACAAAAUUUAGCUUAAUUUUAGGACCCAAUUGGUAAAUUUUAGCCUUGUUUUUGACUGAACAAGUGCAUAAAAAUGCAAUGUACAUUAGUAUAUUUGUUUUGCAAUCAUCAAAAAUAAAAUAAAAUAAAACAAGUUUUGACCAGGGUUGUAAAAAUAUCACGUUUUCAGUUCUCAGCGACUACCAUUUUUAUGCUGAUUUUUUGAGAAAACAAAAUAAUCUUUGAUGAGUGUGCGCAAACGAGAAAAGGAGAAGGAGUGAUACAAAGAGAAUGCUCAUGCUGGCAAUCAUGAAAUAAAAAAAGAGAACUCACAAGUGACGGUCGCUAUAACUGCUGAUGUUUUGGUGCAGGAAUCUUCAAAUGAUAGUUUUUUCUAUCACGCAUUUACAACACUGGUCUGACGAUUUUUUUUUUUUGCGGAACUAUUCUUUGCUGUUUUACAAAGUUUAAAUUUUUUUUAAGGAUUUUUCAAAUGAUUGACAACGCGGAAAUACAUAAAACAGAAACAUUUAUCAUUAAAUAAUAUUUUAAACUAAUGAAGAAAAUUAACAAAAAUAGAAGUAUUUUUUGUAGAAUAAAAAAUGCUCAAAAUGAUCUCCUGAUCAAGGGAAAGGAAAACAAUUUGUUAAAAGUGGACGGUAGAGGGUAAUAAUUUGGAAAAUAACUUAACAAGUUCACAAAAGUCUAGAGGUUUUUGAGCAAGACCGAUGCAAUUGUUUUUUCAUGUUUUGUCAGCCUCCUUCAAAAUUUCCCCAGGGCCGGCAAAAGUUGCUAAAAAGUAACUUUGUAUUUUAAAAAAACUUGUAACAUCGAUUUUUAACUAUAUUAAGAAUACAGCGUAUAACUUUUUUUUCUAUAAUUUCAAUCAAAUUUUGAGGAUUUUGGAAAAUUUGCAGUGUAGGGACAACAGAUCGGAAAAGUCACAAAACUAAAGGAAACAAACAUUAUACCUAAUUUGAUUAAUAUUUUGCACAUUUUUUGACAAAAGCAUAACUAUAAUAAUGUAUAAAGCAUUUUCUAAUACUUUUGACAUUAAAAUUAUGAAAGUUGGACUAGAAAUAAAAAUAAAACAGUUUGUUUCAUUUUUUUUUUGCCACUUAAAUGAGAUUUUUGGGCCUUGGUUAGGGUGAUGCUUGAAAAAAAUGAGUUUUUCGGCUCUAUCAUUUCGUUUAAGUUUCAUCGCAGCGAAUUUAGUAAGUAUAAAUGCAGCAAAAAAAAAAAACAUGAAAAAACCGCAUUUUUUAAAUUUUAAUAUCUCAAAAAGGGGUAAGAGUUCGGCCUCGUUCUUGGAUGCGUUUGAAAGUACACUUUUUUUUUUUUGAGUAAUUUUGCUUAACUUAUUUAGGCUUAAUGCCCAUUUUUUGCUCAUCAAUAUUGAUAGAAAUCAACAAAAUUCAUUCUUUUUUAAUACAAGUCUAAAGUUUUUUAAUAGGUCCUAUUAACAUAUGAAACACAAUAGCUUAUAGGACCUUUAAAAAAAACUCAAGAAGUGUUCAUUUCUAAGUGGACGGUUGCCAAAAUUGUACGGACGACCAAGGGAUGAAAAUGACUUGUUUGAUUAUAGGGAAAGUAGGGAAAUACUUAAGUCAAAUCUUCAACUUAUUUGCCAAUUCUUCUAGAAUUGCUCACAUAGUAAACAAAAUUGAAAACAAGUUUAGCGAUUUUCAAGUUGAAUGUAAAUUUCACUGACUGGUUUGAAAAAAUAGUCGGACUAAUAGGGUCACGUUCUUUUGGCAAGUUUUUUUUCAACGAAUAAACAAAUAUAGUAGAAUAAUAAAAUAAACAAAUAUUUGUCUGCCUUAUUUUAAGAUGGAAUAAAACCAACAACAAAAUCGACAUAGAUUGACAAUUUUUUUUUUCAUAGAAAUAUUUGGCUUUAUUGAAUGGAAAAAAAAAAAAAUUCAAAACACUUGAUGAAAAUAUCAUUUUAUUUUUUUAAAGAUAAAUCAUUCAACAACUGGAAUCACUCAACUUUAUUUGAUAUGCAAAAUCCCAGUGGAGACGCAUGACACAUCAUCCGUCUCCACCAAAAUGACGUAACUGAAAUUGAAACUUUUGAUGCGUGCUUUUAAUCGGUUGAAUAAAAGCUUCCUAAUUAUGCUCCCACGAUAGUAACUAUUAUUCUUGUUUGUCAGCAAACUUCACUUCGAUUUCACACACACGCCAGUUUCGCUUUGUUUUUCCACCUUGAAGUUACAACACACACACUUAUGAGAUUACGUGCGAAUAGAGGAAAACAAACAAACAAUACAGAAAGGCUUAAAAACGAGCUAAUCUUGGCAACGUGUUUUCUCUCUUUU